AUGUCAUCUUCAACUCGAAAUGAGAGAUUGGAAAGACUUAAUGUCAAGAGAGUCAGAGAUAAGAAAAAUUUGGACAGCCCUCGUCCCAUCAAACGUUCUUCCAGUGAUACUCUUCGAACUCGGAAAUAUGACUAUUUCAAAACUCUUUCACCACCGCCGUCUAUCCAAAGAAAGACUUCCAGAUCUUUUUCGAACCUUUUUCAUAGAUUCAAAAACCCCAGCCGUUCUUCCUCCUGUUCCAAAAACCAAGAUCUACGAUUGUUAACUCCCAGCACAGUUGUUUCCACCCCAGACUCACUAUUUUCGUGCGAUAAUGGGGAUGAUUAUUCGACUCCCACUUCUCCGCUGGCUUCAAAACAGUUCACUUUCUAUUAUUCAGACAGUGCUUCUUCUUCUAGUUCGUCUGUCAAUGAGGAAUUCUCUAAACUUACUUUAAAAAACUGUGUCACUACAGAUCCCGUUAAACGUUCUUUGUCAUCACGAAUCUUUGAAAUCCCAGAAAUUCUUAAUCUUAUUCUUUCCUGCCUGGACGACAGCGAGAGUAGAAUCCCAAGGGAAAAGAUAAAAAAUCGCAGAAAGCCGCUCUCCUUACGACAUGCCAAGCUGGUUCAUGGCGAGAAAGGUGACCGCAUAUGGAGAGACAGUCAGGAGAUGGGGUUUUUUGAGCCAACGGUGAAGGAAUCUAACUUAUACAAUUGUCUCUUUGUCAACAAACUCUGGUAUCAGUCAACGUUGGAAAUAUUAGAAACAAGAUUUUAUUUUGCAGAUGAGCGAAAGCUUAGAUCUUUAUGUGAGAGACCAGUGAUAAAGAAGACGAACUCUCAGACUAACACCUUGGUUUUGCACAAACUGUUUUAUACUGAACAAUAUGUGGUAGACCAUCUUGCACAACAAAUAUCUGGAUGUUUGGAAUGGCUCGAGUUCUAUGUCUGCCCUAGGAUCGUACCUUCCCCAACUUUUUUCGAAGGAAACAAAAUCCAGAAGCUUUGCAUUCCAGGAUCUGCAGUAGUUGACGAUUCGUUCUUGAAAAGCGUAAGCAAGAACCUUCCCAAUUUAAAAGUUCUUGAUAUUAGAGCCUGUGAACUGGUGACAGAUGCUGGAGUUUAUUACAUUGCCCACAGUUGCCUAAACUUAGAAACGUUGAACGUUGGAAGGCACUCCAGAGGGGAACUAAUCACAGAUGCAAGCAUCGGGCCUGUUGUCAGAAACACCAAAAUCACCACUCUAGGCGUUGCCGGCUGCAACAUCACAGACCGAUCUCUGUGGCAGCUGUGUCUAAAUCGUGGCUCUCAAGUGAAACGACUCUCUCUGAACAACUGUAGAAUGUUGACAGAUAACUCAUUAUGCAAGAUUUUGCACCAUGAUUAUUUUCCCAACUUAACAGUGUUGGAGAUUCGUAACUGUCUCAACUUGUCCAACCUGAGGCCCGUAGUCUUGUUCAAGAAACGUCAGAUUAAGAAGGGAAUCCCAGUGCUGGUGGAGGGCUGCGAAGUUAUAGACCACAGAUUGCGGGAGCAAGAACUACAGAUCGAUCUUGAAGUGUCAAGAAAAAUCAUAUCGGAUAUAAGUGGUUGGAUAAACGAGUCUGCUGAUGAUGAUAAUGAUUUCCAACAGCUACUAAGAAGCCGUUGA